AUGAGCACCUCCGGGUAUAGAAAAGGGCUUGGCAAGUAUGAAGAGAUUGAUGAAGAUGAACUUUUGGCCUCACUUACCAGCGAGGAGCUCCAGGAGCUAGAGAAAGUAAUGGCUGAAAUGGAACCUGAUGAGAACAUACCCAUUGGGCUACGGCAAGAAGACCAGACAACCAAAAAGUCAAAGGGAACAUUUUGCAGAGAAUCAUUGCUGAAGUACUGGGAGGACGAGACUGAAAGAUUGCUAAAGGACAGCAUGGAUGAGUGCCAGACAGAUAAGUGCGAAGAGGAAUGUGCCAGUGAAGAGCCGGAGGAUAAUAAAGAGAAGGGAGAGCAACAAAAGGGGGAUGACAGGGUGAAGCAAGCUAGGUCAAACAAAUGGAAUUCUGUGGAGCUAUCACGAUUAGAUAGCAAGAGCGCUCUGAAAUAUAAUGAUGCCUCCCACUAUUCUGCUACACUGGACCGGCCAAGUUGUAACCCCACUGAUAUCGAUAAGACCUUAGAGCACAUAUUGAGCAAUGCCACUUCCUUGAGUGAAGUCAACCUUAACAAUGUUGAAAACAUAUCCCAAGGUGUUUUGGUGAGCUUUGCUGAUGCCUUAACCUCUAACACUCAUGUUGAGGUUUUCAACCUUGCCAACACCCAUGCAGAUGAUCAAGUAGCUUUGGCCUUGGCCAAAAUGCUGAAGACGAACUGUAGCAUUACCAUACUUAAUGUUGAGUCCAACUUCAUUUCAGGCAAAGGUAUCUUGGCUUUGAUUAAGUCACUUCAGUAUAACAACACACUGAUUGAGCUCCGAUUCCACAACCAGCGACACAUCUGUGGAGGCCAAGUGGAGAUGGAAAUGGUGAAACUGCUAAAGGACAACACCACCCUACUGAAAUUAGGAUACCAUUUUGAGUUAGCUGGCCCAAGGAUGAGUGCAACUGGUAUAUUAACCCGCAAUCAGGACCGCCACAGGCAAAAGCGGCUCCAAGAAAGAAGAGAAAAAGACAAAAGUGAAGAACAAAUAAAGUCAUGGGAUACUGUGGACAAUUUGCAGUCAUUUCAAUUUCAGAUUUCAACAGACAAGCACACAACCCAAGGGAACAAGCACUUGGUCUCUUCUCAUUUGCCACAACCACCUCAUAAUCAACCAAAUGGUGUGAUGAAUGUGCCAACGAGGCAAAUAGCUGAAAUGGUCAAGCAACGAAAAGAAACAGAAAAUGUGGGUCGAAUCCAGGCUAAUUCAAAUAAAAAGCACAAUCUCACUGGGGACAAGCAUGGCAAGAAAUAUCUUCAUAAUGAUAAACUAGAACAUUCAAAGAGAAAGGAUGACCUAAAUUGUCCGGAGGGGUCAACCCGUGAUGAUCUACUGGCAGCAAUUCGUGGCAGCAACAUUGGUUCACUACGAAGGGUAAAAAGUUGAGCAUUUGGCCAGGACAUCACAAGCAGCCAAGGAAAACAAAACAGUGCCCAAGAUUGUAACUCGCUCAAAACGACAAGAUUGGAACUUCCAAACUAACAUUCUGGUGAACACCAACCCUGCCAAAACAGGCCUCUUGAGAAACUUUAAGCAAUAAUUACCUAUUUCAUACCAAGAAUUGGAGGAUUCAUUCAGUGUUUGUGUUCUGACUGAGGGCAUUCCAGUUAGCAUGAACUCAUUACCCACACAGUGGAAAACAUUUAUAUUCUAGUACGAAUUUAAUAUGUAGAUAUUUCUGUUUUGAUGCACUAACUAGGUCUCUUAGUUUUAAUCUACAUGCCAAUCUGUUUAAAAAAUAAUAUUUUA